CACAACAAUGGCUGCCCAGUCCUUGGCCGCGUCUUUCCUCCGCGACCAUCCCCGCCUCCGUCCGUUCCUCCUCUCCUCCGCUCGAGCCACGGGCAGGACCAUCGGGUCUGGCUCGUACGGCAGCGUGGAGGAGGUGGCAAUUCCAGGAGCCGUGUGCGCCGCCAAGAAGAUCCACGACUUUUUCCAAGACCCGCGACAGAUGCCGCGCGAAGGCAUCGAGAAGGCCGCGGACGAGUUCGCGCGUGAGUGUCAGCUGAUGAGCACCCUCCGCCACCCGCACAUCGUCCAGUUCCUUGGCGUGUGUUUCCUGCCCGGCUCGCGAAUGCCGGCGCUUGUCAUGGAGAAGCUUGCGACCAGUCUCCACGACAUUCUGGAUCCAGAACCUCCGCCGCUGACCAAGCCCUUCGUCCCCGUCUCUCUGAAACGCUCCGUCCUUCACGACGUGGCCCGUGGGCUCUCGUUCCUGCACAGCCACUCGCCGCCCAUCAUCCACCGCGACUUGUCGGCCAGAAACGUUCUCCUGAAUGAGGGGAUGGUGGCCAAGAUAGCCGACCUGGGCAUGGCUCGCAUUUUGCCGGGUUUGCGAGCUUCCACCAUGACCAAGGCACCAGGAGCUUCCGUCUACAUGCCACCAGAGGCUCUGGAAGACGAAUCGAGAUACGACGUCACAAUCGAUAUCUUUUCUCUCGGGGUUGUCGCAAUUUUCGCACUCUCCCAAACGUUUCCCAAACCUCUGGCGGCAGCGUACAUGGACGACAGUGGGAGGAUGGUGGGUCGAACAGAGUUGGAGCGUCGUGGCAACUACAUGCGGGAGGUAACGGGGCAAUUCCGGGAGGGGCAUCCCCUGGUCCGAAUGAUCCAGCGGUGCCUGAAGAACCGGAUGAGAGAGAGACCGACCAUCCAGCAAGUGAUGGGGUGGCUGGAGGAGGCCAGAGCCGAGGUUGAAGAUGGUGAAUAUGACGUGAACAAACUGUCACUGGUUCAACUGCUGCAGUCCAGAAACCUCAACAUCCAACAACAGCGACAACAAAUCGAUCAACAGCAACAACAAAUCGGCCAAAAAGAUGGGGAAAUUUGCACCAUAAGGGAGCAGAUCCAAUUGCUGCAAGUGCAAAAUGAGUCCCUACAAUCAGAAAAUGCAGCUUUGAAGCAGUCGCAAAAG